UCAAGUUCAAGUACAAGAACUUUUAUAUAUCAAUUCUUCAUCGUGGUAGAAAUCCAUACAGUAAUUAUUAGAUGGCUAAAUUUCAUCACUCUUUUCUCCUCCCACUCCUCCUGGUAACUCUGGCGGCUGGCGGAACAGCGGCAGUAAAAUUCCACGUCACCACCACAACCCCAGCCAUCCGAUCCACCUUCAACCGCCGCAUCGGGAUCCGGUACGCGACGCAAACCAUGACGACAGCCUCCAGCUUCCUAUUCAAGACCUUCCGCCAGCGCGACGUGGCCGACCGCAAGCCCCUCCGAAACGUCACCGUUUUGAUCGACAGCUCCGCCGACCACGGCCUGGUCAACAGAAACGGCACGGCGGAGACCAACGAGUUCCGCAUCGGAAUCAACUGCUUCUCCAAUGUCAGCUCCUCCACCGCGGUUGACCGGCGGCGGGAGUUCUCCGGACUGGUGUACCACUACAUGACUCACGUUUGGGGGUGGAACGGGCGAGGCGAAGCCCCCGCCGGGCUGAUUUCCGGCAGGGCGGAGUACGUUCGGUGGAAGGCUGGGUUCGGGAUGCUUCGGGUCAUGGCAGCGAGCAGCGACAGCGCCGGGGAGAGGUGGGAUCAGGGGUACUACUUGACGGCGAAGUUUUUGGACUACUGCGAUGGUUUAAAGGCGGCGGUUAAUGGGACGACGCCGCCGUUCAUUCCGGGGAUGAAUAUGUUGAUGAAGGAUGGCUAUAGCGACGGGUAUUUUAAGCAGCUGCUGGGAAAGAGCGUGGGCGAGCUUUGGCGGGAAUAUAAAAGUACCGUUGGGAAAGGACCGUUCCUGCCCAUUCUCCACUAAGUUUUUGCUUUUUAAACUUUUUUGUUGAAUCAUUAUUUAUGACGGUUUUGGUUUAGUUACUGUUACGGGUUUUUGUAAGCAAAUGUUUUGUUUACAUCUUAUUUAUGGGCCUGGCUCAUUUUCCGCGUUACUGUUACCAGGGCCUUUGUGAUCCCAUAUUGCAUCGCUGUUUCAUGAGCGGCACAUUCCAAAGUGCGUGAACGCUGAGAAGUGAGAAUUCUACCAUCUCUAACCUUCACGAGAGCGGAUCUGGUGACAAGGGGUGUCUACUGUUUAGUCACUUGGCUAAGUCCCUCCCAACUUUUAGAUUUGUAUACACAAUUCUGACGGUUAAAAAGUGGAAAAGACUAUUUAAUUAAUGACAGUGGUAUUU